AUGGCUCUAACUGCAGUAGCCCUGGUUGUCCUUGUAACCACCUGUUUUGUCAGGGGUCAAGUGAACCUGCUAUCACCAACACAACCACUAAAACAGUCCCCACUACAGUCAGCCGCCACAAGCACGCUCAAACUACCAUUCAACCUUCCACCCCUACUACCCUCAGCAUCGAAUAAAGUUCCCAGCAUAUUCAAUAAUCAACAAAACCUGCCAUCGAAAUUCCCACCGCAAUUUAAUUCCCAAUUCCCAUCUCAACACCCUCCCACACUACCUCCUCAACUCCAAUCGCACCUUCCCAUCCAGUUACCGCAACAUCUCCAACAGCAGAUACCAUUCCAGCUGCAGCCACAAUUCCCUAUCCAACCACCACCCCCUUUUCCGGCCCAUAUCCCACCGUUCCUACAGAACAGCAUACAUUCCGCGUUACUUCCUCCUCAAUUCCCUCCUUCCCUUCCCACAAAAUUCCCCCCUCCACCACCGCAGAAAUCAAAGUUCCAACUACCUCCUCCAAAAUCAAGCAACCCACCAUUCCCUUCACUGUCCGUCCAUCCCGGAACGAGAAAUGUCUCCAUACAAGCCAACCGUGCACCUCGGACUCUUCAAAUGAUCGGCUCCAGUAGCGGGCAGACAUUCCACAAAAUCACCGACAAUCUUCGACCUGGUAGCCAUCCAUGGUACUUUAAAAAGAACGCGUUACCAAAACGACAACCGCAUCCACAAGCACCCAAACUACUGGGCGGCACUACACCGUCGCCUCUUCUUCAUGCGCCACGACUGAUCCCUCUGAAUCAGUUCAACCAGUUGGAACAAAUCACCAAACUAAACCAGCAGAAUCAGCCCCAAAUACAAACUUCCCUCAAUCAUUGGUCACUCCUGAACAAUCAACACCUGAAUUCUCUGAACACGAUCGGCAACUUGUGGACAGGCCCUAACAACUUCAACCAUGGACCCCAGCUAAGCAAUCUGAAUAAUCAGAAUUUCAACAGCCACGGGUCCUCCUCAUUGAAGAGCUUCGAUCAUUCGUUGUCUAAUUUGAACAGUCUCAAAAGUUCGAACAACCAGAAUUUAAACAGCUAUGGGUCUUCGUUUAGUGGCUUCGACACUUUGAAUUCGUUGCCGAAUUUGAACAGCUUCAAGAGUUUGAAUAACCAGAACUUCAACAGCCACGGUUUCAGCAAUUUGAAUUCGUCACCUAAUUUGAACAGCUUCAAGAGUUUGAAUAGUCAGAACAUCAACAGCAACGGGUUUGACAAUUUUAAUACGUCACCAAAUUUGAACAGCUUCAAAACUUCGAGUAACCAGAAUCUCAACAGCCAAGGAUCCUCAUUGAAUAGCUUUGACACUUUGAAUUCGUCACCUCCUAAUUUGAAUAGUUUUAAAAGCUCGAAUAACCAGAACCUUAAAAAUCAUGGCUCCUCCUCAUCGAGUGGAUUCGAGAAUCUGAGUGUGUUGCCUAGUGUGAACAACAAUGUCAAAAGUACAUCCAACCAGAAUCUCAAUAGCCAUGGGUCCGCACUGAAUGGUUACGACAAUUUGAGUUCGUCUCCUAAUGUGAACAAUUUCAAGAACUCGAAUAAUCAAAACCAUGCGUUCGCAUCAUCGAGUGGAUACGAUAAUCUAAGUCUUCUGCCUAGCGUGAACAACAACAACGUUAAAAGUUCGCCAAAUCAGAACCUCAACAGCCACGUAUCUUCAUCAAACAGCCACACCAAUCUGAAUUCGUCACCUAGUUCGAGCAGCCUGAAAAGUACGAAUCCUGGGGUGGUAUCCAAUUUGCACAUUAAUGUUUAUUCCGAUUCUACACCGCAUCAGAACACCAACCAGGCCCCUCAGUCGAACCAUUCACCGCAACAGUAUAAUAGCCCAAAUCAGUCUCCGUUCACGACCAGUUUCAACCAACAGAUUCCAUUUGCCUCGCAUCAACAGUCCUCAUCGUUCUAUCCGAACGCUCUGAUUACCCCACAGGAGAUUUUCAAAGAUUCAGCCUUUCAGAUAUCUGCAGUCACCAUUCCUGAGCCCGAAAAGCCACAGUUCGACACUCUCCGCAGUCAAGUGAGCGCCUUGAAGGCAAAGCACAAAGAUUUCUUCAGUGAUCACCACACCGGAGACCCACCACAUUACAAUACAUUACAAUCAUCAUACCAACAGUUGCACCCCAAACCGGCAUACGGACCACCAAAACCGGUAUAUGGACCGCCAUCACCUCCACCACCACCAUCACCACCGCCAACACAAUCUGUGAGUGGCAUAAAUCCAUGGACCCCCAUGGAGCAGAACAAGUUGGUAGCUCCCAAAUGGAACCCGGUCAAGUUCGAAUUUCAACAUAGCACCGGCUUGGCACAGGACCAUGAACAGUACAACAGUCCAAAGAAGACACUACCGUUGAAGAACGAUUUCGUCGGAUUUCCACCGGCGAAGGGGUCGAUCAAGAAUGAACUGAACUUCAUCAGCAACUGGGAGAAAGGUAUCGGCAUAAUUCAUAAAACCGAUCACGGAAACGCCGAAAAAGGCCAAACGAUAAUAUCGGCCGGCGAAACGGACGAUUUCAAGAAGAUGGACAAGGGCCAGAACAAGCAGGAAUCGAGCAUGGUAGAGGUGAUCAGUAUGGAUCAGAUGCAGCGAAGACUAACGGGUAAGAACGAGACAUCGAAGAAGCAAACUGCGGGGCCGAAGAAAACAUUUGGAAAGGGAAAGCAUCCUACAGGGAAGAAGAAUAGAGAGAUGCCGGAGGAGCAAAAGUCGGAGGAAAUAACGACAGUAAAGCAGGAAACGGUCAACAGUGAUGAUGGACAGCUGAAUGAAACUCAGAAAGCAGAGGCCAGAUAUAGAAGAAAGCGUGAUGUCCCGGGAGAUGGCAGCACUACGGAAAGCAUUGUUGUUAGCCCGGAGAACGUUAAUACGGCCGCUCCUAUUUCGGAGCCGGAAACGGAGCCAGAAGCCAAUCAGCAGCCUCGUGCAGAACCGUUGGUCGCUCCAGCUACUGAAUCGGGGGAAACGUCAACGGAAACGCAAAACGAUGACACAUUGGUAGCUGAUAGGCGAGUUGGAGAUGUGUUGGACUCCAGCGAAGAAGCCGCAUUGUUUCUGGACUUGGUAGAUUAUGAUAAUCCACAUGCGGAAGCUCUGACGGGAUUUAAUUCGGCAGAAGGUGAUAUACUGUCGGACGAGGAUCUCGAUGAAGCAAAUGCCGCAGGCUUGGCGUACGAUGACUACGAUGACGCCUAUUUAGACGAUGAAAAUGACGGAUCGUCUAUCCAGUCCCGAUCGGAUUCGUUCAUUUUUGAGGAACUAGAUGGGACAACGUCCAGGCCUUAUGCCGUACCGGUGAUCUCCGAAAGGGUCGAUAAUUUUACUUUAAUUCCCCAGUCGGAGGCACUGGUCGAUCCACGAAGCCUGCAUGGCAGAGAUCUGAUGGACUUCCUGGAAGAAGCGAUACGAAAUUCGUCUCAGUUCCUACCCGAUGAAGCCGAAGAUCGUAGCUUUGAUGUAGUUGAUCCACCAAAGGACGUGAUCAAAUUCCCUUACUAUGACCGUACCGAGGCACCGAUCAAUGUUGAUUCAGCACUGCGCUUUGCCGAGAAUUUGACGACCUUCUCGAGAAGCCUUUAUGAUUCGAAGAACGGUAAUCAAUGCCACGAGGUCGAUGUAGAAAUUGCUGAGGAUCCGGCAGAGCCGGGUGCAGAUGGAUUCCUACCGGUGCGUCGGUUGAAGCGAUUGGGUAACAAGGUCGAUUGCCUCAAGAACAAGCACUUUGGAAAAGAACCCCUGGAUAACCCCCUGUUCAAGGAAGAAUUCGUAGGCGGAGGACGAUCUUCGUCUGCGGAUGCGGUGGUACCGCAACCCGAUCCGUCGGUAGCCGUAUUUAGCGAUGUAAUUCGAUUAAUCAAGCAGCAUCUGACCGAAGAACAGCGAUCAAAGGCCAGGGAAUUUAACGACGUGGUUACGCCUAGGCACUUGAACCUGUCCGAUACGAAAAAUCCCUCACCGAACAAUGCCGUUCUGGAGCAGUUGAGGCUUGGCAAGCGCAGGCCAUUGCUCCCGAAUAAGCAAACAAAGAAAGUGGAGGAACCUAAGACUGAGACGAGCCAAAACACAACAAGCGAAACCCAUGGACUGAAGAUUGUUUUCCCGAGGCGGUUGAACAUCACCAAAACGUACGAUGAGGCGAAAAAAUCGAAAUCAAAAUUGGUCGAUAUUGAAGGGUACAAAGCCAAGCUGAACCAUUCGCGAUCGGGGGAACAUGAGAGCUAUAAGGCUUCGCUGGCCAGGAAACUCAACUUUGACAAGCUGGACAAGUCUAAGAUUUCAAAGAGUCAACGUCGUAACUCGGAUGACGGCUUAACAUUCGAAUCACUUCCGCGUGAAACCUCACGGUUCAUGCCGGUAUUCGACAUAAAUUCGUUCUAUCCUAAGUUUAUAGCGAGAGCUGAUGAUGACUAUCCAUACCCCCUAACAGAGAAGGGAUUUGCUACGAAAUACGAUGAACUAGAACGGGAAGCUGACGAAUUGAUUAGUGCUGUGCGGAAGAGUAGCGCUGAAGCGGAGCGUCGAAUAGUCAACUCAGGAAACGUGCGCGCUGAAAAUUCCAAGAAGUUAAAGGACAAGCCUUAUGGUACAAGCUAUUCUCCAUCGUACCAACAAUACCGGCUGUUGUCCAGGAAGGACGAUCAGAAGAAGACUCCCACCGUGGAAGAGUUGGUCGAUUUUUAUAGUCAGCGAAGAAGUAACGACAAUUACGAUUCGCCACUAACGCCCCUAACGCCACUAACGCCCCUCUCACUACCGUCCACCAAUUUACCAAUCUUCGACGUAUCAUCGUUCUAUCCACGUUUCGUGGCUCGUGAAAACGACGAUAAAUAUCAAGUAAAGCCAUUUGUCAAGCGAAAAGACACCAAAAUAACGCUGGACGAUUUGGAAGCCCUUCAAGCCCCGAAGAUAACCCCCAAGACUGACAGUUCCUAUAAUCCCGAAGCUACGAAGCCCAUUACGCCCAAGCAAGUUCGGGAUGACAUUGCAGAUUUCUACGAGGGAUCCCAGUCUCAGCCGGCAGGUUCUACGGCCUCCCUUACCUCCAACGAAGGACAUCAUACAUUCAAAAAGUCAGAACCUCCCAACCCGGAUCUUCCGGAAACGGAUAAAGCAACCUUCCACCUGGAUCAACCGGCGACUGGCUCAAGUCACCGAACCCAUCGCCUACAUCCAGUUAAGGUCGUACCUCGGAAGCGAUACAAGACCAAAGCGAAACACCUCAAGCGACCUCCACUAAAGUACCGGAGGAAGAAAGUCUAUUCCGGCUUUUUCGACUGA